GAUUGGUUUAAGCGGGAAGAGCGACGCUUGGCACAGAAUUAGCGGCUACACACCGGAUAAACACAGCAUCAACAUGGUCGAGCGCAUCGAGGAUCUGAAUCUGCCGAAUACCGUGAUAGCACGGCUAAUCAAGGAGUCGCUGCCCGACUCCGCCAACGUGAGCAAAGAGGCGCGAGCGGCGAUCGCCCGGGCCGCUUCCGUAUUCGCUAUUUUCGUGACAUCCUCCUCCACUGCGCUCGCCCACAAGCAGAACCACAAGACCAUCACCGCCAAGGACAUCCUGCAGACGCUCGCCGAGCUGGACUUUGAGAGUUUUGUGCCCUCACUCACCCAGGAUCUCGAGGCGUAUCGCAAGAUGGUGAAGGACAAGAAGGAGAGCAAGGCGAACAAGAAAGAAGCGAGCACCAACGAUAACGCCAACGCCAGUGAAGCCGUCGUGGAGGAGGCGACAGAGUGACGCUUAUCAAUCAUAUCGUUCUUCUGCUAUAAUGCAAUUAAAUUUUAAACAAAGCAAGUAGAUAUAGGAUUGUAGAAUCAUAACACAUAAAUAAUACCUGCGCCAUUGUUUUUCAAAUCAUUUGAACUGUUUAAAUAUUUAUCAAUUUGCAAUUAUGUUAAGCAACAAAACUUUGAAGAGAAAGGAUUAACUCAGUCAUUUCUUAAAAGGAAAUAAAUAUAAUUAAAUUCAAAACGAAAAUAUAAAAUUGAGCAUUAAACAUUUACCAAUAUUUUAAAACAAA